AUGUCUAGUGGCGAAAGUGUAUCAAGAGGUCAGAAAAGACGGAGAGAAGACAGAUCUGCUCAGGAAAGUCUUUCUCUUUCUAGUAUUAAAAAUUAUUUUGACAAAAGGUUUGAAGAUAUCCAAACAAAGUUUGAAAAGGAUAAUCACAAACUAGCAAAGAAAUUCAAAAAGGAACCAGAACUUUCUUUUAAGUUUAAGGGGAACAAAAAACAAUACGAGUUUAAUGAAUCUAUUCGACGUGACCUUGAGACGUUGGAAGAUCUGAUAAAACAAGGCUCAAAGCACAGAUCUACAAAAAUGUUACAGGAGAUAGGUGGAGUACCGUCGACGAAUACAUCUCAGAUGACCUGGCUAGCGACUCCGCAGACGAGCGAAAAAUUAAAGCUCCUGAAAAUCGUGACAUCAGAGAAAAGCAAAACACAUUUAAUCGCACCAGGAAAUCAAAGUUUUCGGAUGUAUCGUCAACGAUCUCCAAAGCUCCAGAUAAAAUCCAGUUUCGGAAUGCUGAAUCAGACUUCAGACGAGUUGUUCACCCCAGUGCGACUAGCUUCAAGCCAACAGGAGCUUGCUUCAGCUGCGGAAAAAACGGACACUGGCGAAAAUACUGCCCCGAAGCUAAAAGAUAAAAGUACAUUUAAAGAUAAGUUAAUAUUUCCUUUAAUUUCGUCUAAAACAUGUAAAUCAAAAUCCAAUAAUAAAUUUGAAAGUGUAAAAGGCAAUUUAAAAAACAAAAUUCCCUUUUGGGAAUCCAUAAAAGCGAACAGAACAAUUAUAGAUAUCCUAAAACAUGGCUAUAAAAUUCCAUUUUUCUCAACCCCGGAAAAAGCGCAUUUUGAAAAUAAUAGAUCAGCUCUCAUGGAAAAAGAAUUCGUUACUGCUUCAAUAAAAGAACUGCUUGAGAGUGGAAGGAUUCGGGAAACUGCAUUCACUCCUCACGUGGUAAACCCAUUAUCCGUUUCUACUCAAGGUAAUGGUAAAAAACGCCUUAUCUUGGAUUUAAGACAUGUAAAUAAGCAUAUAUAUAAAGACAAAGUAAAAUUUGAUGACUGGAGAGUCAUGGAAGAAUACUUAAAGAUGGAUAGUUUUAUGUUUCAUUUUAAUCUGAAGCAAGGUUAUCACCGUAUUGAUAUGUUUGAAGAACAUCAAACUUAUCUUGGAUUUUCUUGGAAAUUUGAAGGGAUAACAAAACAUUUCGUAUUCACUGUUCUACCUUUUGGCUUAACUUCUGCCCCAUUUAUUUUUACAAAAGUAAUGCGUUGUCUGGUUAAAUAUUGGAGGAAAAGCGCGAUUUGUAUUUCUGUGUACCUUGAUUAUGGUUUAGGAGUCGCAAGCUCAUACGAAACAUGUUUAAAACAGUCGGAUUUUGUUCAAGAGACUUUAUUUAAAAGCGGAUUCGUUGUUAACAACGAUAAAAGUGUCUGGAAUCCACAAAAAGAAGUAAUCUGGUUAGGCGUUAAAGCAGAUUUGCAUAGAAAUGUUUUCACUAUCCCUCAAAUACGAGUUAACUCCAUCUUAGAUUGUAUUAAUAAGUUAGAAUACCGAAAAUGA